ACGAAUCGGUAUCGUUCCCACUACGCAAUUAUACGCGCGUAUAUAAACUCCGUGCCGCGCGUAUAAUCCGCAGGAUUGCAUCUAGUCGUUCGAGUCUAGCGUUCAGCCAUGAAGUUCGCGGUGGUGUGUCUACUCGCUGUCAUCGCCGUUGUCCACGUGUCUGCACAACCGGCCAAAGACGGGGAGUACACUCAUAAAUAUGAUAACAUCGAUGUGGACCAGAUUCUACAUAACGAUCGAUUAUUGAAUCGUUACGCCGAUUGCGUGUUGGAGAGAAACAAGGGCAGGUGCCCUCCUGAAGCUAUCGAAUUGAGAAAAGUUCUAGGCGAAGCGCUAGAAACCGAAUGCGCGAAAUGCUCAGAGCACCAGAGGGAAAUGACGAAGAAGGUGAUACGAUUUCUGGUGGAAAACAAGAGGGACGUAUGGACCGCUCUGAAGGCGAAGUACGAUCCGGAUGGAAAAUUCGCUCAGCGCUACGAAGGAAAUGGCGAGGAAAGAAGGCGUGCAGAUAUGAGCGAGGGAAAAAGAGAGGUGGAAAAUACGUUACCACGUUAUUGCGAUGCAAUGUUGAUGGCUUUACCGUCCUUCUGCUGGCGAAUUGACGCAAUUGAAAUGUAACGCGUGAUUAACGUGUCACGCACGUAUGCGAAUAAAAUAUUGGUC